GAGAGAGAGAGAGAGAGAGAGAGAGAGAGAGAGAGAGAGAGAGAGAGAGAGAGAGAGAGAGAGAGAGAGAGAGAAGCCCGAGCAAGCAGCCUAGUUGAGAAUUCCUGAAGCUAUUAAGUAGUUCCUAUCUAUCAGCGGAAGACCAAUUGCUUCCAUGUGGCUUUACUUGGCUGGCCUCAUUGGCCUUUACUAUCUCUUUCGCUGGUACCGGGAAAGACAGGUGGUGAGUAACCUUGGAGACAAAUAUGUCUUCAUCACUGGCUGUGACUCUGGAUUUGGGAACCUUCUGGCCAAGCAGCUGGACCUUCGAGGCCUGAGGGUGCUAGCAGCCUGUCUGACAGAGAAAGGGGCCGAGCAACUGAGGCAUGAAACUUCAGACAGGGUAAAGACAGUGAUCCUGGAUGUAACCAAGACUGAGAACAUCACUGCAGCUGCCCGGUGGGUGAAGGAGCACGUGGGAAAUAAAGGACUCUGGGGCCUUGUCAACAAUGCAGGAGCUAUCUUUCCAGAUAUUUGCUUUGAGCUGAUGACCAAGGAAAAUCUUAUAAAGACACUGAAUGUAAAUCUGAUUGGAUUAAUUGAGGUGACACUAAGCAUGCUACCGAUGGUGAAGCAAGCCAGGGGGAGGAUUGUCAAUGUCUCUAGCAUCUUGGGGAGACUUGCUUUCCUAUCAGGGUCCUACUGCUGUUCCAAGUAUGGAGUAGAAGCGUUUUCAGACCUUCUGAGGUGGAUCUGUUUCAGGCUCCAAAUUCAACAUUCUGGGGUGAAAGUCUGCAUAAUUGAGCCUGGCUAUUUCAAAACAAACAUGACAGAUACUCUGAAGUUCCAGGAAAAAUUCAAAAAUGCUUGGAAUCAAGUCCCAGUGGAGAUUAAAGAAAGCUACGGACAAGAAUUCUUUGAGGAAUCUCUCAGCUUUAAUAAAAAGUCACUGGAUAAUUGUUGCACCAACUUAAACCUGGUGACUGACUGCAUGGAGCAUGCUCUGACAUCCUCUUAUCCCCGAUAUCGCUAUUCAGCUGGCUGGGAUGCUCAGUUCUUCUUUAUUCCUAUGUCGUAUUUGCCUACAGUAUUGACAAAUUAUAUUUUGUCUAAAUAUUGUUACAAACAUGCACGUUCUGGCUAAAGAUGGAUUGGAAAGCUGACUUGUGAAGAAGGAACUGAACACAAUGAAAUUUGAUGAUGGUGUUUCUAUAGCUUUUAAAGAAAAAAUUGUUUUUGUGGGGCGAUGAGGGUUAAGUGACUUGCCCAGGGUCACACAGCUAGUAAGUGUCAAGUGUCUGAGGUCAAAUUUGAACUCAGCUCCUCCUGAAUCCAGGGCUGGUGCUUUAUCCACUGUGCCACCUAGCUGCCCCCCUCUUCUCCCAUUUCUAACAUUUGCUGAUUAUAAUCUAAGACAAAUGGAAAAUUUUAGUUACCAGUUAACCAAAGUUUGUAAGUCAGUAAUCCUGAUUUUACAGAUGAUUCUUUAUCAAUUUUAGCCUGGAUUAGGGCCAAAGCUUAUAUUUUGCCUCUUUUGUGGAAUAAAAUGCGUGGGCUUCUGAGAGGCUCUUUUUUUUUUUUUAAAUUUAGGUUUUUGAAUCUACGUUCUGAUGGUUGAGGUUGCUAGAAACCUGUUGUUAAAUGGAUAAAUGGGGUGUCUGGUUAGAAAACCUACUUAAUGCUGAAAUGAUACUUCAUUGUUGAAUAUAAGGACCAAUAACUGUGAAAUAUUGGGAGAAAAUAAACUUUCUUGUUGAUUUUAA